GCUUGUUCUCUCGCAGCUGGAAGCUCAGCAAAUGCACAGGGAGAGCAGAAUGCAGCCGACAGACUGCAGGCGAAUGGGCUGAUUGAAAACCAGCGAAAAGACGGACAUCAGACUCCUGCAGACUGACAGCAUGGAUGAAGCUGCUCGCUGGUCCACCUCUCUGGGAGCUCUGCAGUAGGAAGCAAGUGUGUGUCUCCAUCUGUCUGCUCCCACCGAUGACUUCCCUCCUCUGCCUGCUCAUCCUGUCCGGCUUGGCCUUCUCAUUCCAACUGGGUUUGGAGGAUGUUUUCUUCAGUCCUCAGAACCAGACAGUCAGAGAAGGAGAGGCAGUUUUCCUUCAGUGUGUUUCAGGAGAAAGUUCACCUCCUGCAACCAUCACCUGGAUUAAAGAUGGAGACGUGGUGACAGGAGGAGGACAGAUUCAGGGUGAAUAUGGAGGUGGUCACGAGAAGAAAACUUCAGGCACUCUGCAUCUUUCCAACGUAACAUUAGAGGAUGGAGGGAUUUACAUUUGUGUUACGUAUAAUCCUUUACUGAACAUCAGCAAGAAGAGCAAACCAGCUAAACUAACUGUGCACGGGGUCCCGAGGAGGCUGCAGAUCACCCAGGGCCCUGACAACAUCACCGUCGCUAUGGGAACCGAGGUCUCCAUGCACUGUGCCGUCCGCGGCUUCCCCGUUCCCAUGGUGCGCUGGUUCAAAGACGGCUGCCUCCUGACGAACUGCUCGGCCUCGUUCAGCCUCCAGAACAAUGGACAGCUGCUCACAUUCAGAAAUGUGAGCAAAGAGGACGAGGGCUCGUAUCACUGUGAAGCCUCCAACCAGAACGAGACCGUAAAGUCCCAGCCGGCCUUUCUACUUCCAGCUGAGAUGGACUGGAGUUUUGUGCAGCAGCCCACAAACCUGACAGCAAAGAGAGGAGAAAAUGUGACGGUGACCUGCAGACCUCCAUUCAGCCGGCCAGCAGCCGAGGUGUCCUGGUUCAAAAACAACCAGCUUCUCAAACCUCCAGCUCAUGCAGCUGUAACGCCCAGCGGAGACCUCUUCUUCCACAGUGUUCAGGUGGGCGACAGUGGCGGCUACUUCUGCAGAGCCUCAAACCUGCACCUGCAGAGAUUCCUCACGUCUAGAAAGGCGACAUUAACCGUGCUGGCCCCUCCGUUAGUAAAACUGUGGCCCCAGGUGCUGACGGUGCCGGUGGGAGCUCAGGUGGUUCUGGAGUGUCAGGUAUCUGGUCACCCUCUACCCUCCAUCAGCUGGGUGAAGAGAGGCCACUCCAAGCAGACUGGAGGAAAGAUUAUAAUGGGGCUGAGAAAUGGCACUCUGCACAUCCAGUCAGCCAGGAGCUAUGAUGAGGGGACGUAUGUAUGCGAGGCCUCCAACAGACUGGGAAAAGCCCACAGCACUGCACUGCUGAGAGUCGCUGUGAGCCCAAUCAUCGUGACUUUUGUGGGUCAGAUGAGUUGCAGGAUCGGAGCUUCAGUCGUUCUGCCCUGCAGAGCCGUAGGAGUUCUGCCCAUCACCUACACCUGGACCAGAGGUGGAGCAGAGACACAAUCCUCCAUCAGUCCCACUAAGGACAGACGUAUUGAUGAAGAUGGAGCCUUACACAUUUCCAGUGUUCAGCAUUCUGAUGCCGGAGAAUAUUACUGUACUGCUGAGAACCGAGCUGGACUGCAUCAGAAACGUAUGAUCCUCACCCUCACAGCCGAAGAACUUCCAGCUGAUAGAGGGAAGCAGACAAGACCGGUUUUGUCUGCUAGCACCAAGCCAAGCGAGGAAUUUCCCAUUUCCUACUCGAGUGUUUCUGUGGCUGAGCAACACCUCAAGACCGCACAUCGUCCACAUGUACCUGCACAGCACAAGGAGACAACAUGCACAAGCUCCAGCAGUCCAACCACCUUUCCGACAGUCUCAAGAAAAGCCAUCGCUGAGCUAAUGAUGUCUUCAGAGUCUCGUAGACGUCUGUUAGAGCAACGUCUGGAUCAGCCAACAGCCAGUCCAACCCAGCCUGCACCGGUCACACAGAUGCAGCCUCCCAUACUACCAUCUCCUCCACGUCCCGACUUCCAGUCAGCUGAUCUCCACACCAAACCACCCGUCACCAAUGACCCGCUUUUAAUCUCAAACAGCCUGACAUCACUGGCCACCAGUGAAGCUUUGGGUGCUACCCUUCAGUAUUUGCUCUCUGAAAGUCCAUCUUUCAGACAAACAUCACCACAAUUCAAGCAUCAAGUCAGUGGCAACUUGAUUGUAGAGUCUGAAAUUAAGGACUCAAACAUCAAUGCUGUGUCUCUGGCGAGUCAAAUCACUCGGUCGUCUCCUUCAAAGCUUCCAGCUGGUGCAUCCUUUGGCUUCCUCAAGUCGGAUUCAUUUACACCAUCUCCAACACAGACUCCUGGGACCCACACUGAGACAAAAAACUCAGGUUCAGUCACGUUCACAGUCAGUCCACAGGCUGAAUUGCCCCAAACUCUGGUUACAGAAAGGUCCCUUUUCGAGUCCAACCAUGAGGCAAACUCAACGCAGAUUUCUCAAACUAUGGAAACUCAUCUGCAGCCUUCACCAACAGCUCACACUCAUCCUCACCAGUCCUUUACAGUAAACAUUUUACCAAAGUUUCAUCUUGAACUCUCACCAGUCCAGCCCUCCAUGCAACCUCCACAUUCUUCAAUCACCAAACCUCAACCAUCACAGCCUUCAACAACAACUUCUGAACUUUCUCAGACCCAGCCUGAAUCUUCUCAGAACCCACCAUCAACCAUUCGUCCUCCUGAUCCUGCCCUUUCAACAUUGGACCAUGAGGUUGUCCACGAGGUCAACAGGUCCAGUCAACUAAAUUCGACUCAUUCUUCUAAAUUGGCCAACGACUCAGAGCUGACAGACUGGCUGAAGAGGAACACCUCCCAGUCACCCAUGACCAGCAGCGAUCACAGAGUGACGCAGCGGUCGCCAUCAUGGCUGCCCGUCCUAGAGAAACAUGACAUCCCCAUUGUGGUGGGAGUCGGUGUGUCUCUGGCCUUCAUCUUCAUCACGGUUACUUUCUAUUCGGUGGUCCAGAAGAACGAACCAGCACCGACAAGCCGAGCAGCUCAGAGGAACCUCGGAGUCCCUGUGCGACACGCAGAACGUCGAGCUGCAGGACGUACAUAUGAAAACAGAGCUUUCGAAGACGAUGACUGCGUUGCAGUGAUUGAGCAGAGCCCCAACACAUCUGACACCAGAGCUCGACCUCCUGGACCGAGUCUGGUCACGGUGCAGAUGGAGCCUCCGUUUGAGGAUCUGCAGGCGGAAACACCGAACACUGUGGACAACCACUCAGUCACUGUGGAGACUCAUCCAGAGCCCAUCGUGGAUGCAAAGAUCGACCCGUCUCUGGAGGAGGAGAAAGGCUGCAGUCUGUCUCAGCCCAGCAUCCAGCUGCAGUGUGCUGAGGACUGGACCAGCAACACAGGAGACAACCACAGUCCAUGUCAGGACGCCUUGCCUCCUCCGUCACCUCUAUCCUCCCGUUCUCCCUCACCCUCUCCCCUGUCCAGACGGGAGGAAGGCCUGCACUCCUCUUUAACCCUUCACAGUGCUGAACCGUGUGCGGCACCGAUCCACCACAGUCUCAGCAUCUCCCACGGAAACCCUCCCCUGCUGCUGUCCCACCACGUCUCACUGGGCCUGACCACGGUCGCCGUUGACGUCCACUUUUACCCAGCAUCCACUGCUUCGACGGCAGCGGGCGCCAGCACUCGCAUCAACUCGGUCACUAACUCCACCUCAGUGACUGCACCUCUGUUCAGCCCUCCGCUAGUGAACAGCCAGGAGAGCGAGCAGUCCACCGGCAGGUUUCAUCAGUGCAAGUAGCAUCUUCAUCUGUAGCUGUCCAGAGGCGAUGAGGAUUAUGUGCCGCAUAAACUGCUACGAUGUGAGGAAGACAUUUUAAAGGAAGAGUUCAACAUUUUUGCUGUGAGAUAGAUGUGUUUGCAGAUAAGCUGUAUGACAUCAUUAUGUGAAAUCAUUUAGAAGAUGAAGCAAUGAGGAGGCGUAAUGAAGAAAAACGCCUGAUUGGAAUGGAAUUACUGUAAAUAGAUGUGAACCACAACUUUUGGCCAACAGAAGUCCAAGAACAACCACUACUAAGAUGUUAAGCUCCUAAAGCCUCCAAUUAUAAAGCAUGCUAACAGUCAAGAGGAUUACCAAAUCAUUUAUCUAGAUAGAUUUAUAUAUGUGCACCUGACUCAAAAUAUUUUUUUUAUUAAACUAACUUUAACAGGAAAAGAGAGAGAUAUUUCUUUAAAAGACAAACAUUUGGUGGUUUUUUUAAUUCCUAUUUUAUUUCAGUUUUUAUGCCCAAAAACCUAUCAGGAGGUUUAAAAGUUCUGCUAUCUGUCAGAAAACACAACAAUACAAGUAGUUAAUAUUAAUAUUAUUACUGUUUAGAGCACCAUUUUUUCCAGUAUUGAUAACACUUGUAGGCUCUUAGAAGAGUGUUGUUGAUUGCAGAGUUUUCAAUAUUUGUAAAAUAGAUAAAGAAUUUUAGCUUUUUCUCAUUUUUAUGAUUUAUGUUUACAAAAUAAAUUUGGUUUAUGGAUGCCCUGUUUCCAUAGAGGUGCCGGACUUUAAUUUGUAAUUAAAAAAGGAGCCCACAGUGAGGGAAAAUGUAACGGGAACAAAAAACACCCAGAAACUACAUAUGAAAGCAGAGUCAGGAGGCGAUUAGCUUAGCUUAGCUUAGCAUGAAGUGUGGAAGUUGGUCUCAAAAAGGCAAAAUACACUUCAUAACUCCUCUUCAACUCACUAUUUGUCACUAUAUAUCAUUUUGUGUGUGUGUGCAUGUGUAUGAAUGCAGAUGUAAAUAAUAAAUUUGUGGUUUUGUAGGGAUGUUCAGGUAAUUAUUUCCUGGCCUAGCACAUAUAUGCCAUGUCUCUAUGAAAUCCUGUGUAACACUACCUAAAUUUUUAAAAUAUUUUUGUUUGUAUGCACAUCAAGCAACUUACAUACAUCAUGUUUAAAGCUGAGAUUUACAGAUGAUGGUAUAGACAAAACAUGACUUCUCCCUGCUCCAAGUCUUUAUGCUAAGCUAGGCUAACUAGCUCGAGGCCUCAGCUACGUGUUUAAAACACGUCUAACCUGUGACAAAGAGUAUAAGAACAUUUGCCAGAAUAGAAAUAAAACAUUGAAUGAUGGGGCUAACAUUUUUUAUUUGCAGACACAUUUUUUUGUUACUGUGUAUUUCAUAGCUUUAGCACAGCACUUUCUGUAUUUUAUUCCUGUACUGGUUAUUUAAGGUCACAUGACCUGUUUGACAUGCUACUGCAGCUUUCAUGAAUAGUGUUUGUCUUCUUUUGUUUCAAUUCUUUAUUUUAAUAUUGAAAUAUGAAAGAGAUCAUGUACAUGUGUAGAAUGAAUUUUAUUAUGUACUUUUCACUCCAAUUAAUUUUAUGUAACUGGUUCUAGUUUGCCUCUAAAGGCUUGCAUGUGUGUCUUCUUUAGUGAAACAGCCAAGGAUACGUUACUUUGCAAUUUUUUGUGAUCGACUGCACCUAACAUCGUUUCGGUUUAUUCUCUUAUGUCAAGGUUCUGGACUGUUACACCUGUUUUGAAGCCAAAGGAAGGUAACUAGUAUGUCAAUAAACAUUCAGUCAACACAUCCAAAGUCCUUUGGUGAUUAAAGACAUGUUUUAUGUUACAAUUUUAGUCGCUGCACAUCAUUAAAGAUCGUUGCCACCUUG